AUGGUCACUGACUUGAAUAACAAGCGCCGAAGGAGGACUCCCUUCUCGUGCUCCGCUUGUAGACGGAGAAAGGUCAAGUGCGAUAGGAAGAAGCCGCGGUGUGGUGGCUGUGAACGGAACAAAACCGGAGACGGAUGUGUUUAUGAAAGCCCACCUUUCUGGCAAAAUGAGGGAGGAGGUUUAGGUGAAACAUUGAAUUUUGGAGACCAGGCUGGCUCGUAUAUUCAAGCUACUACGGUGCCUGUAGGGUACAUUCAAACCACGCAAAGUCACUCCAAUGGGCAAACUCUUCCCAAAACCAAGACCAAAGAUAAGGCUACGUUAGUGGCACAGUUGGAAAGUCUUAGAGAACAGGUCAGUAAUGUUGAAAAAUUGCUUGAAGGAAAGUCCUCUGGUGCCUCCGACAAGAUUGAGCUUCUGGACAAACGGAAAGAAACGCUUAUUUUUCUGCAAAAAGAUGGGAGAUGCUUCAAUUUUGGAAUCUGUUCAUGGCACGCUACUACCAGAAAAGAUCCCUUCCUGUUGCAUAUGGUGGACGAUUUCAGAAAGUUGAAAAAGUCUAAGAAACUGAAGGAUGCACUGGCUGGAAAACGGCCCAGAAGAGCGGUGACAGGGCAAGGAAGUGAUUUACUGGAGAGACAGAUAAGCUUGAAGAAGCAAAUUGUUUCUCCAAAUUAUUACAAAUUCAAUACCGAUGCGAAGGACCUGAGUGGCUUGAUGUCCAGUAUGGUGAGGCUGAUGCCUUCGCAGAAUAUUGUUUGGGGUAAUCUGAGACAUUUCUUCAAGUAUUUGGUGCCUUUCUAUCCCGUUAUUGAUGAAAAAGAGUUUUUGGAGUCCGUGCAGAGGAUUUUGAGUUAUAGCGAGGAAGGCAAACCUGACCUGAAGUUUAGCAAGAAGACGGACCCUAUACUGAUUUGCACGUUAUUGGUUAUCAUCAGAAUGUCAUACCUCAAUCUGUUGUUGAAGUCUCACAGAUUGGUGCCGUUGAAUGGCGAUGAACAGACGUUAUUGGCUUGCCCAGUUGAAGCAAAUGUCAUCAGCAUUGCUCAUGCAACCCUGGAGCACUUCAAAUUUCUGAGAAAAACAGGAAUCGAAAUAUUGCAGCUGCUCGUUCUUUUGAGAUACUAUUUCAAAAACGCGCCUGAAGACGGAGAUGGUGGUGAUGGAGUAGAUUCUAUGGUCUUUAUAGGGACUCUGAUCAACUCAGCUACUGCCGUUGGAGUUCACAGGGACCUAGUAGCUAGACCAUCUACUUUGAAAAUUGGCAGUUCCCAGGAUCAACUGAGAUUUACGCAGAAAUGGAGGAAAAUAUGGUGGCUGGUGGUGGUGACAGAUAUCAGCCAGAGCUUGAAUCUGGGCUGCCUUCCCAUUACUGACGAUGAAGAAUGUGACACUAGUUUGCCAAUUUUUGAUCCUGCCUCUGCCAACGUUGAGAACUUGCGCUCAGAACAGGACGGUAUAGCUCGAAUCAGAAAACGAGUAGGCUUUCACCCGAUGUUGAGACGGUUGAUGAAGCUCACCAUGAGUUUGAAGAUAUGUCCCACUGUCUCACAGCUUACGACAGAAAUCACGAUUUUGAGCGACUACUUGAAUAAAAACGUGGAUCCUCAUCUAAAGGUUGAAGGAAACGAGUUUCUCGCCGCUGAAGAGAGAAUGCUUGUCAUGGAAGUGGGAUGCUUCAUAUUAGCAAUGGAACAUUUUGUUUUGCUUCACCAUGAGACUCAAAGAGACACCCGGAACUUCUUCGACAUGUCCAUAAAAGUCUUGGGCAGAUCACUACAUAUCCUCAAAGUUGCCAUGGGGUUGUUCAAGCUGUUGUUUUCGAAACUGGAAAAUUUCAACUUCCCGCUUCUGUCUUCGUGCUCCAUCUGUUUGGGCAAAGUGACUCAAUUUUUUAUUUUCGCCCUGGUGAGAAUCAGAAUCAUAGAGCAAAAGGUGAGAUAUAAUGAAAUCAAGGUUGAUCUGGAGAAACAUGCUUUGCUGAUUGAGCUCUCUAAAACACUCUAUGCUAGGCUCAAGGCUAUCACCAGCAUCUUUAUGCUUUUGAGUGACACUUACUACAGCGCACUGAAGGCACACGCGCAACUUUCAUUUGUUUUGGACUGUCUCAAAGGCGGCGAUUACGUCAUCAAAGAAGACACCAGAUCUCUUCACAACAACAGCUUUGAAGACCUGAGUGCGGGACAACUACGAACGAUGCUUACACUCAUUGAUUCCGUGGUCAUAGACGACCCCAAAGAGUUUGCCUUCCACAAUCUCAGCGUGCAGCCACUAACUCCAUUUUCUCCGGAAACUGACAUGUUCCAGGAACCGUUGAAAAAAACCAUUUUAGACCAAGCAGGUCUUCCUACGCUAAGGCCUGACGAGGCGCGUUUCUCCGAAAGCGUCGAUUCUUUUAGCAGUGAAGCUGACAUAUUGGAUUUCCUUGAUUUUUUCAAUGAGGAUUUCGAAGCUCCCAAAUUCGCCCCCGAAUUCGGGUAA